AUGGUAGAGAGCAUGGUUGUAAGUGCUGAGAAUGUUGUGAAUAGGGAUAAAAGCCAGCAUGGCUAUAAUGGUCCGCUCAAGAUCGUCCCUGUUAGGAGCCUCUGGCCUGGAAGAAAGUACCCGCUGAGAGAGGCGGUGCAGAACAUGUGGGAGGAGGCGGGUGUCAAGUAUCUCAUUGAUGGAAAUGGCAAAGAGCAGAAUGGGUUGACAGGGUCCGCGGAGGUGGUGGAGGUGCGGCCAGAGAGCGUGAUGCAGCGUGUUACUUUCGAGCAAGGAGAUGAACAGCCUCUGGCGAAUGGUGUGGAUUUGGCCAGUGGUGAGCAUUUCGUGGCUAGAAAGGAGGUUAUCCUGCGAUCGGGUAAGCUCGAGAAACACGGCAUCAAGAAGAUCUCCGUAUAUCCAGAAGUCGAGAAGAAACUCAGGGACCACCUUCUUAUUUGCAUAACCUGGAAACUGAAACAUCCCGAGAAGGGACUGGCCAUCGGAUCACCCUUGUUUACUGACCCAACAUAUUUCGGUGGGUGGCCGCUGGACUUCAUCGUGUUUGACGAACUGGAUAGUCUGGAAAAGCUCGGCUCUUUGGCCGAAAGCCAGGAGGGUAACAACUUGUUGCUCAGACCAAACGCUUCACAUGUGGAAAUCGUCACCCUCUACGUCGCAAUGGAAAAGCGGUACACGGGCCGGGAUGCCCCUUUGGAUGGCAGCUAUAUCAGCACUUUGGCUGGGGGGUUGACUACCACGUCUCGAGGCACACAAUCACACUGCAGUCGGCGAGGGUCCAGGAUCCACUGGUAG